UAGACUAGGAGAAAUGAGGUAGCUAAAGGUUACAAUUACAGGGCUUCUUUCAGAUCAAGAGGGUCUCUAAACAGAGGACAUGCCAUGAUGAACAGUCAGAGCUUCAAAUGGAGUAUGCUCCGUUCGGCAAUAACUGCCAGGAAAAGACAUCUGUAGGACGUUUGCCCUGAUAGGAGACUCUGAACUGAGGCUACGGAACAGCAAGCAUACAGAAGAACAGCAGGUUGGCUUGCAGCAUUUGACAAACUUCCAUAGAUAUUUCGCAACAUUGGAACAAAAGAAUGAGAGUGACAGGUGUGCUGCGCCUCAUGGCUGUGCUGUUCACCUUAGUCACAACUUGGCUUUUUGCCAACGCCUAUUUCAACCACAGCGGCAUGAAAUCCAUCAGCCUGAGGAGCUGGCUGGAUACUGGAGUGAAGCCAACUAAAGCGCAACUGCUCCAAAAUAAGUGCGGCAACACAAGAUCCUGUCCGAGCCAUACUUUUGCCUUCAAAGUAAUCAGUGGUGCAGCCAAUGUCGUUGGACCUUCCAUGUGCUUUGAGAAUGUUAUGUUGUUAAGCAGUGUGAAAAAUAAUGUUGGUCGGGGUUUAAACAUUGUACUUGUCAAUGGAACCACCGGACAGCUUCUCAAAACAGCUGCUUUUGACAUGUAUUCUGGAGAUAUUAAAGAACUCUUGGAUUUUCUGAAACCAAUUAACAGAGGUACCCUUGUGCUCGUAGCCUCCUACGAUGACCCAGCAACAAAGCUGAAUAACGAAGCACGGACGUUAUUUACUGAAUUAGGAAGCAGCUAUGCUACCAAGCUGGGUUUUCGAGACAACUGGAUAUUUGUCGGUGGGAAGGGGCUGAAAAACAAAACCCCAUUUGAACAGUACUUGAGAAAUGAUAAGGAGACAAACAAAUAUGACGGCUGGCCUGAGGUUCUGGAAAUGGAAGGCUGCAUACCUAAGAAGCUGGAAUAGCAAUGAGCUAAAUUCAGAGCAACAGCCACCAGUGGCCUUCACUAAUGGACUUUUCACUUUGCCUGGGUGUGGCCGGGGACAAGGGGGAGUCAAUUCCAACAGAUUCAACCCUCUACCCUAUAAAGUUUUGAAAAUGGAGUGCAAGCUACCAUACUACUUUUAAAUGAGAUUACCAAUAAUAAUAAUAAUAGUUGUCUGGUUGCAGCAUGUGGCCAGUAGGAUUUUAGUGCACUGUUCUAUUAUUUGAAUAAUUGGUUCUGCAGAGACGAAGAAGAGGAUCUAUAAAAGUCUUUCUGCUUUUGGAAGCCUUGCAAUCAGGUGGAAAGCCAGGAGGACGCACAAGCAGGCACGAGUAAAUGGCUUGAGAAGAGCUAUUUGGACUGAAGACACACCUAAUAUAUGUACAUAUACAGAGAGAAAGAGCAAGAACUGUUUUUAUAUUAACAUCUGUGUCUAGCAUACCAGCAACUCAAAAGUUUGAUGAUAGGUCUGUCAUUCCCCUCCUUGCUCGCUUGCCUGGUCACCAGACUGGGCAUCAGCAAAUUGCAUCCAUGGGCAGCCGUCAGGGUCCCAGCUCACUGGCAGAAUCUGAUGUUGGCCUCUGGGCCUGCUUUAAAACUGGUCCUCCACUCAGUGCUGGUCAUCUGCCAUUUUCCCAUAAUUCCCCCAAGCAACCUCACAUCAGGGGCAUUGUGAAAUAUGAAAAUGGCAGCUGCCCACCACGGAUCUGAGUGCUGCUGCUUGCUUGCUGCUGCAACCGCCCACUGCCAGGUGAGCCCACCCGGGGCCCACUAGAGGGAGCUUUGCUGAAGGCUGCCUCAAACAUGUAACUAUUGCUUUCACUGCUGCCGCCACCUCUUUUGACUCGGAAACAAAGCACUCCCCAGCUGACUGGUUGCACAACUUCCAACUGGUUGCUAUGGGGUGCUUUGUUUCAAAGCCAGAGGAGGAGGAGGAGAAAUGGAUAGGGGCAGCCAUGCCCGAGUACAUGAGUGAGCAGGGAGGAUGGGCUGGCAUGUCAGCAUUUUGUUCCCUGCUGUGCUAUAUGGUUAUAAACAUAUUUAUAUAUUAAAAAAAUGGAGCUCAGAGAACAUUCAUAGCACGGUGAUCUCUAUCUAGAAUGUGUGUCUCCAGCCUUCAUGCAGUUCUUUAAUGGUACAGUUAAAUCACUCUGAUGGUUGCGUUGUUGCUUUUUUAACAUCCUUUUUGUUAUUUUACUUUUAUUUGUGUUUAAAUUUCCUUCAGAUUCUGGUUCUGUUAUACCUUCCUCUACUAAAACCCUUUAUUUAUUCAUCUUGCUUUACUACUAGUGGCUCUACUGGUAUUUCUGCUUCUAUCGAGCAUUCGUUUCCAUUUGCACAGGAGUGGGAGGAUGAGUGACUCUCUAGCUUUUAUUGGACUCCAGUCCCCAUCAGUCCCAGGCAGUGUGGUCAGUGGCCAAUGGAUGAUGGGAGUUGUAGUCCGGCACUGUUGCAUUAGAAUAAGCCUGCAGAAGCCAAGAAGAGUCUGUGGUGAUUCAGCAAAGGGGUUGAUAAACCUUUUUGUGUUACCAGCCUAGAUAACUAGACAAUGAUGUUUCAGGUCAUCAGCCAAACGGAGGUGCUUUCAGACAAACAUUUUUUGAAUAGUCAAAUGGUUUCAUAUUUUUCACAAUGUCCAUAUAAUGUUAACGGCAUCAAAAUGCCACCCCAUACUUUUCCCAUUGGUCCAAAUUUCCCCUUUUCAGGAAAAAACCCAAUAACUUGAAAAAUACAUGCACAUACAAGUUGUCAAUAAAGGCCACACUGACAGGUGGUCAGGACCACCCCUCAGUCAUAUGACAUUAGCAGGGUUGUAGUUGUCCAGGGUCUUGGGGGGCCUUAGACCCCUUACAUUUUUGGGAGCAGGGUCCCUAUGUCUCCAACACCCUACAAGCAAAUCAGCAUGAAAGAGGAGUGUGUUAGCCACUGAGAAGAGUCUUCUAACAUGCUUCCUUGUCUUUUCCUGCUGAUUGAAGCCAAUCGGAGUGAAAGAUGAGUCAGCCACUGAGAAAACUCUUUUCAAUAGCUAACACUUGCCUCUUUCAUGCUCACCAGCUCUUAGGAAUGUCUGUCGUUCUGGGAGAAGACAUUAACAAAAUGGAAAAUGAAAUGGACUGCCUUCAAGUUGACUGCAACUUAUGGCAACCCUAUGAAUAGGGUUUUCAUGGUUAGCAGUAUUCAGAGGUGGUUUACCAUUGCCUUCCUUUGAGGCUGAGAGGCAGUGACUGGCCCAUGGUCACCCAGUGAGCUUCAUGGCUGUGGGGAUUCAAACUCUGGUCUCCCAGGUUGUAGUCCAACACUCUAACCACUACAAGAAUCUCUAAAAAAAAAGGGAUGUGUGUAGCUGUGACUAUCAUGAAGAGACCUGCACUUCUGAAUUUGCCACUACACUGCUGGACAUUAGGCACAGAUCUGAUCUCUGUUGAAAGCAGCAGGGCUUGCAUUUGAUACCAGACUUGAACAAUGGCUGAAAAGAAACAAUUUGGAGUGUGCUCUCAAGCUCCCAAUUGUUCCUUUGCAGCUGUGGUUUUAUUUCUCUGCCACCUGAUGUCACAUGAGUGACAGAUGGCUGUGGCCUGGCCAAAGCAUCCAUGUGGACCAAAUUGUGAGGCCUACCAGCCUUUCCCAACUAGUGGGCCGCCAGAUGUUGUUGGACCACAACUCCCAUCAGCCUCAGCCAGCAUUGCCAAUGGUCAGGAAAGAUGGGAAUUGUGGUCCAACAACAUCUGGUGGCCCACUAGCUGGGAAAGGCUGAAUUAGACCCUCAGGCUGAAGGAUCCUCACAACUACUCUAGCCCGCAAGCCAAUGGGAGA